AUGUCCGAAACCGUCCGCAUCAUAACCGAGGACGCGUCUUCCUUCUCCAUCCGCCGAGCAGAGCACCACCCCAAGGCAAACAAGCACUUCAUGAUCCGCGAGAGACAGGCACCGCACCGCAUCAUCACCCUCUCCCACGGCAGAGUCAAGCUCAUCGACAAGCCCACCAUCGGAGGCGGCUGGCUCUGGCUGUGCGUCAAGAACGGCGGCUGGUACGGCUUCGUCAACACCGUCUCCAACACCUAUCUCGGACACAACGGCGAGGGAGAAAUCAUCGCCGCCGGGCUGCAGCAAUUGUCCCACGAAUCCUUCGUCGUGGACAGACAUGAGGACGGCGGCUAUGUCCUAUACAUGACCAGGUUUAGCGAGGACCUCCGGCCCAUGGCCAUCUCCCAGGACGGGGAGGCGCUGGUCGAAGAAAGGGCGGAUGCGGCGGGCACGGCCUGGGACUUUGUUGAAGACAGCCAAAUCAAUCACUUCCAUGUGUAAACACGCACCAU